AUGGCAGUGGAUCUUAGGCCUAUUAAAGAUGUCAUCACAAAGCGCCUUCUCGUCAGCCAGUCAGCCCAAUUAUUCGAUCCUCUAGGAUGGUUGGCACCGGUUAUCAUCGUCGCAAAGAUCUUUAUCCAGGAACUUUGGAAGCUUAAUUUUUCCUGGGAUGAUACUUUACCUGAAGAAGCUCGUCAUCGCUGGAUAAAAUAUUAUAAAGAUCUUCCUCGUCUUUCCGCUACAAAGGUCGCUACUGUUCAAACUGUUCCGCUUCCUCGUCUUGAGCUAUGUGCCUCAGUUUUGUUAUCUCGUCUCGUCGCUCACCUUCAAAUUCAACUGCGUUUUAAUGCUGCUCUACAUUUGUGGUCAGAUUCUAUGAACACACUUCAUUGGAUUUCAGCUGUUCCUACAAGAUGGAUGACAUACGUCGCGAAUCGGGUUUCGGAAAUUCAAACGAUCGUUCCUUCAGCAAUUUGGCAUCAUGUUCCGGGUGCAAAUAAUGCAGCUGACUGUGCUUCUCGCGGGUUGUCAGCUUGCGAACUUUCGCAGUUUUCACUCUGGUGGAAUGGUCCUCCGUGGCUUAAAAGACAAGAAGAGUGGCCUUCAUCUCUGCUUGGCCCUCCAGAAAAUACAGUGGCCAAAGAAGAACGUAGAGUUACUGUGAACGUAGCAGUUCGUGUUAAUGAACCGUGUGACCUUCCGAGUCGUUAUUCAUCUUUAGACAAAUUACUACGAAUUUCUAAGACUAGCACUCUAAUAAAGUUGACUCCAUUAUUUGAUGGUCAACUUCUUUGUGUCAGAGGUCGCUUAAAGCACUCUCUUCUCACUUAUGAUGAGAAGCAUCCACUGAUUCUACCUCCUGAGUCUAUUCUCACAACUCUUAUCAUCCACGACUGUUACCUUCGCUGUCUUCAUGGAGGUGUCCAACGUACCCUUGGAACGUUACGACAAUCUUAUUGGAUUCUUCGAGGUCGCAAUUUGGUCCGAUCAUUAAUUCAUCGGUGCAUUCCAUGCGUUAGAAACAGAGGUAAUACUCAGCAACAGCUGAUGAGUGACCUCUCUUCCAUUCGCAUUACUCCAUCUGAACGAGCAUUCAUGAACACUGGGGUAGACUAUGCUGGGCCCAUCAAUGUUCGCACCUCAAAAGGACGAGUUCACCAUUCCCACAAAGCCUGGAUUUGUAUUUUCGUCUGUUGUGCCUCCCGCUCAGUUCAUCUCGAGUUGGUCUUUGUCGAACGUUGUCUAGUGACGAUGGUAUGA